CUCGCGAGGCCCAAAUGAUGGAAGCGGCCCAAUUCAAGUUGCCUUCCUCCUCCCUCUCCUCUCUCCUCUUCAUGAGGGAAGGAGCCACAAAGAGAGAGAAGCGCAGCAACGGAGAGGAGAGGAGCCAUGGCGAAGCCGUCUCCCGCCGCCGUGCACACCCCGCGCCCCGCCUCCAUCCGCUCCUCCUCCGCCUCCGCCCGGCCAUCCGUCGGCUCCUCCUCCACCCCCAGGCCGCCGAUCCCCGCCGCCGCCAACUCCAAGGGGGUCGCCAAGUGCCUGGCCUUCCACGACGGCGACUUCACCUUCCCCGACGACCUCGCGCCGCUGCUCGACCUCCCCGACCCCGCCGACUCCUCCUCCUCCACCACCACCACCGCCGCCCUCAUCUCCGCCGCCCCGGACCCGGAUGACGCCAUCACCGCUUCCGCCGACUCCGCUCUCACCGAGGUCACAGCGCCCGCCGAGGCUACGGCUAUGGUCGAUGAGGAGGAGGAGGAGCCCCUCCCGGACCAGAUCAGCCUCGCGCUCGCCGAGCUGCGCGGCGGCCGCGGCCUCAGCCCCCGCUCCAAGCGCCUCGUUGCCGCGCUCGUCGAGGCCGCCGCCGCCGAGCUCCGCCCCAAUGCCGCCACCCUCCGCCUGCGCCGCGCCGCCUUCUGGGGGAAGGUGCGCGUCUGGAUCCUCGCCGCGACGGUCGCCACCGUGUUCGCCAUCGACGUCGUGCUCGCCGUCGCCCUCGUCUCCCGCCGCGGCAACGACCUCUACGACGCGCUGCCCCCUACCUGAGCAGCCGUCGCUCGCCGAUUCGCUGCACUUGCAAACCAAAAUCCUUCACUACCAUCACUUCACCGAUCAGUAUAGGGAUGAUUUACUUCACUGUUGGUUGAUGUAGUUAGCUACCUACCUGGAAAGUGAUUAGUGCUGCAAGCCAACAAGAUUUAACAUCAUGCAUCAACAACUAGUCCAGCUCUUACAUAUUUACAUUACAUGCCUUUUUAUAUAGUUAGUGGCUUAAUGCCGUGCUAGUGUUUAUUCUCAGUAGAUACAUAGUACAUAUAUAGAAUCAGGUGCAAGAGUUGGUGAAUGUGCUACUUGAAUUUUGAUGAUCAGUAGUUGGUUGGUUCUAGGAAAUUUUGCUCAGCUGUAUAUAAGAGAUUCUGCUUCAGUAAUGAACUGCAUGAAGAACAACUCGCUGUUGUGCAGCGCUUCUGAUGUUGCUUGUUUUUCUUUCA